CGUCUUCUCCCAUUUAGUGCUGUGGAGCUGCGCCUGCACAUGGCACUGGUUUGCCAGCCGGGGGUACCUGUGGAGGCCCAGUGUGGGCCCCAGCUAUGCCCACGCCAGUGCCUUCAGACCAACCCAUGUGACGUGUGCAACAGCACCAACCUUCCCGAAGUGGAGAUCAUCAGCCUGCUGGAGGAGCAGCUGCCUCAUUAUAAGCUGAGAGCCGACACCAUCUAUGGUUACGACCACGAUGAUUGGCUCCACACGCCCCUCAUCUCCCCAGACGCCAACAUCGACCUCACCACCGAGCAGAUUGAGGAGACGCUGAAAUACUUCCUUCUCUGUGCUGAGAGAAUUGGCCAGAUGACUAAGACGUACAAUGACAUAGACGCUGUCACUCGGCUUCUCGAGGAGAAAGAGCGGGACCUGGAGCUGGCUGCACGCAUUGGCCAGUCACUGCUGAAGAAGAACAAGGCCCUCAGUGAGCGGAACGAGCUGUUGGAGGAGCAGGUGGAGCAUGUCCGAGAGGAGGUCUCCCAGCUCCGCCAUGAGCUGUCCAUGAAGGACGAGCUACUACAGUUCUACACCAGCGCCGCGGAGGAGAGCGAGCCUGAGUCUGUCUGCUCCACCCCGCUGAAGAGAAACGAGUCGUCCUCCUCUGUGCAGAAUUACUUCCACCUGGAUUCUCUUCAGAAGAAGCUGAAGGACCUCGAGGAGGAGAAUGUCGUCCUGCGGUCCGAGGCCUGCCAGCUGAAGACUGAGACCAUCACCUAUGAGGAAAAGGAACAGCAGCUGGUCAACGACUGUGUGAAGGAGCUCAGGGAUGCCAACGUGCAGAUCGCUAGCAUCUCGGAGGAGCUGGCCAAGAAGACGGAGGAUGCUGCCCGCCAGCAGGAGGAGAUCACGCACCUGCUCUCACAGAUCGUGGAUCUGCAGAAGAAAGCAAAAGCUUGCACAGUGGAGAAUGAGGAGCUCGUGCAGCACCUGGGGGCUGCCAAAGAUGCCCAGCGGCAGCUCACGGCCGAGCUUCGAGAGCUGGAGGACAAGUAUGCGGAGUGCAUGGAGAUGCUGCACGAGGCCCAGGAGGAGCUGAAGAACCUGCGGAACAGGACCAUGCCCAGCACCACGGCCCGGCGCUACCACUCGCUGGGCCUCUUCCCCAUGGACUCCCUUGCGGCGGAGAUCGAGGGCACUAUGCGUAAAGAGCUGCAGCUGGAGGAGCCUGAGUCUCCAGACAUCGCGCACCAGAAGCGCGUCUUUGAGACUGUGAGGAAUAUCAACCAGGUGGUCAAGCAGAGGUCGCUGACCCCCUCACCCAUGAACAUCCCUGGCUCCAACCAGUCCUCGGCCAUGAACUCCCUGCUGUCCAGCUGUGUCAGCACCCCCCGGUCCAGCUUCUACGGCAGCGAUGUGGGCAACAUCGUCCUGGACAACAAGACCAACAGCAUCAUCCUGGAAACCGAGGCAGCUGACCUGGGGCCCGAUGAGCUCACGAAGAAGCCAGGUACGCCAGGCACUCCGGGCACCCACGACCUGGAGACAGCGCUGAGGCGGCUGUCCCUGCGCCGCGAGAACUACCUGUCGGAGAGGAGGUUCUUCGAGGAGGAGCAGGAGAGGAAGCUGCGGGAGCUGGCAGAGAAGGGCGAGCUACGAAGUGGCUCCCUCACGCCCACUGAGAGCAUCUUGUCCCUGGGCACCCACUCGCGCCUCUCAGAGUUCACCGGCUUCUCGGGCAUGUCCUUCAGCAGCCGCUCCUACCUGCCGGAGAAGCUGCAGAUUGUGAAGCCACUGGAAGGUUCUGCCACCCUCCACCACUGGCAGCAACUGGCCCAGCCUCACCUUGGGGGCAUCCUGGACCCCCGGCCUGGUGUGGUCACCAAAGGCUUCCGGACGCUGGACGUUGACAUGGACGAAGUGUACUGCCUUAACGACUUUGAGGAAGACGACACAGGUGACCACAUUCCCCUCCCGGGCCUAGCUACCUCCACGCCAGUGCAGCACCCAGAGACCUCAGGUGAGAGGUUCCAGGCACGUGUGACUGUCCCAGGCAGCAGGAGCUCCCCCGAGGAGAUGCAGGAGCCACCCGAGCCCACGGAGGAGGAGGGGUCUGCGAAUCACCCCGGGAAGUGCAUGUCCCAGACCAACUCCACCUUCACCUUCACUACCUGCCGCAUCCUGCACCCCUCCGACGAGCUCACGCGGGUCACGCCAAGCCUUAACUCAGCCCCGACUCCAGCUUGUGGCAGCACUGGCCACCUGAAGUCCAUGUCGGUGGCCACACCGUGCACUCCACGGAGGCUGAGUCUGGCCGAGUCCUUCACCAACACCCGCGACUCCACGACCACCAUGAGCACGUCGCUGGGGCUCGUGUGGCUGCUGAAGGAGCGCGGUAUCUCGGCCGCUGUGUACGACCCCCAGAGCUGGGACCGCGCGGCACGGGGCUCCCUCCUGCACACCUAUGCCCCCCGGAUGACAGUGAUCCCCUCCACCCCACCCAACUCGCCUCUGCAGACGCCCACCAGCUCCCCACCCACCUUUGAGUUCAAGUGCACCAGCCCACCCUAUGACACCUUCCUGGCGUCCAAGCCGGCCAGCUCCAUCUUGCGGGAGGUGCGGGAGAAGAAGGGCGUGCGCAGCAGCGGGAGCCAGACCGACGUGUCUGUCGGCAACCUCAACCUCGUGGACAAGGUCCGGCGCUUCGGUGUGGCCAGGGCAGUGAGCUCGGGGUGGGCCCAUGGCCCCGUCUUGACUGAGGAGCAGGGCCCGCUGCUCUGCAUGCCCCCCGGGGUGCCUGGAGGCCUGGUCUCUGAAGGCCUGCCACUGGGCUGCCCGGCCCCCACCGGCGCCAGCGCCGUGGGCAUCCGCAGGAACCGAAGCUUGCCCGCCAUGGUGGGCUCCAGCAUGCAGAUGAAGGCGCCUGCGACGCUCACGCCGGGCGUCUUGAUGGGUGCUAAGCUCCCUGCGCAGACUGGCUUGAGGUGAGGGGCACAGCAGCGUGUCCCACCAGGCACUGCCCCUUCCUGUCCUCUCUGCCCGGCCUCAGGGAUGGCAUGUGGCACAUGGAGACCGGGUGCACCCUGCCCGUCCUGCAGCCCCCAGGAAGUGCCCUGCACUACUGUCCCUUCUGGGGACGUCACCUGUGCUAACUGGGGACCAUGGGUCCCUCCUUCCUCUUUCCUGUCCAGAAGCACUGAGACUCCUAAGGUGUUCUUAUCCUAUGGAUAGGAGCCUGUCAAUUCCGUGCCCUCUGCUCGUGUCGCACCACGAGCUGUCAGGGCCAGGUCUCCCUGACACUGCGCCCUCCUGUGAGAGUGUGAAGAGCCUCUGGCCUCUCCAGGUGGAUGGGGAGCUUUUCUGUCUUUGGUGAGCGGCCUGGCGCCUGCAAGGCCCUCCUCUGCCUUGAAGGAAGGUCUCUUCUUUCCGUGCUGGGGUUUUGCUCUCCAUGCCUUGAACUUGAAGCCUGUCUAUGCUGCGUGCUCAGCUGUCAGGCCGAUGUCCGGCCCAAGAGAGAAUGUGUGUCCCCUCUGCAGACCCGCUCCGCAGCCCUCUUCCAUGUGACGUUUCUGUUCCUACAUACAAGGAAGCUGUGGUACUAGCAGCUCUGUCUCUCUGGGCUUAUGGGACAUCCAGCCCUCGAGUCACUAGGGAGACAGCAGCUUGUUCCUAAGGCCCGCGUGGCAGCAGGACCUUUGAGACCAGACCCGGGCAGCAUUAGUGGCAGGUGGCAGGAAAGCCUGUCUAGACACUCGUCAGCAGGGCAGCAAAGGGCAAGAACCACACCCAGAUAGUAGUGUGCCAGGCCAGGGCCUUGCGGCAAGUGCCCGCCCCCGCUCUGAAGCGGCUGCCCUGGGUGCUCACAGCCCUGUGCGGCCAUUCUGUGUUCCGCCUCUUGUUCCCGGGCGAGCCUGUUCUCCCCAGGCUCCGCCCCCUGCCACUUCCUGUUCUUGGGAAGAGUGAGAGGUGCUGUGGAAAGAACCGUGAGCCAACAAGGAGCCCGGUCUCUGGCUGUCGCGCUUUUAUUUAUUCUUUGUGUGCCGCAUUUUUAGCCCCACCUGUGUGUCUGCAGUUCCUGCCCGCAGGUUAUUUAUUUCUUCCCACUGCUGCUGUGCCUCGGGCCACUCUGCUUUGGGUGGUUUGGGAAGGACCAGUCAUAGACCCAUAAAAUUGUCAUUUUGUGCCCCCCCCCCGCCAGCAGAGAUGUGUCCUUCAGCUACAUGAGGGACACACAUCCACUAAGGGAACUGCGAGAGCUCACCCCAGGGCCAGCGCUGGCCCCCAGUUUCAGACUAUUUCUACUCUGCCCGUGCGAGUGUCGGCGGGUUCUGACUCCCUGCCCACAUACGUGUGCCCCACUGCAAGUAACUUAUCUCUUCGGAUUUGAAUGUAUCUUAAAGCAGUAGGUAGAGUAACAGGAACAUGGAGACCAUGGCCUGAAUGGACCACUUUACAUAUCAGAGAGGAACCGCCCAUCAUCACCAGAAAUACCACUGUAAAAACCGACAGUGCAGAGGUUGCAGUAUUUAGUGUAGUAAGUGCAUAAAUGAUCAACAUUGUGCAGCACCACCGAGAGUGCUGAAAUACAUCGAAAAGCAACAAUAAAAUUUUAUUCGCUAAUGAAUAUCAAUAAAACAAGCCCAAAUGAUGGGAA